AACCUAAAGUAGAAGAUGAAAAUAGAUUAGUAUUUGACCGGGAAAAAAUGAUAGAAAGUGGUAAUCCAAUAUUCAAGGUACCUUUUGAGAUAAUCGACAUUGAAACUAUGCUGAAGGGAUCUAAUAGUGAAAAUGCCAUAGUUGGACUUAAUGAAGAUGUGGGAGAGAUUGCUCCCGAUGGUAAAGCAAAAAUUGUUAGGAUUGAACUAGGAAAUGUUAGAGAAAAACAUGAUGAAAAAAGGAAAUACACAUACCAUCGUGAAUAUGAAUUUCGUGAUGAGGUAUCUUGUUGCGAUGAACAUCUUAAUCGUGUCUACGAAUCAGGGAUGAAAAUCGAAAGGAAUGAGAAGGGCAAGGUGGACGUAAUGAAUAGAGUGGAUGAGUUAGGGGAUAACGAAGUAAAAGGAAAGGAGGUAAAAGUGAAAAACGAUGUUGAGGAAGUG